UUUAUAUUUAGAAUUGAAUUUCAAUUUUUCAUUGAUUCAACGUUCGAGGAUUUUUCGAAACCUUAGCUUAACGAGAGAAGAACAAUUUCUCUCUCUUUCUCUCGCUCUCUGUUCUAUGAGCUUCACUUCAAUUCCCGCCACUUCUGUAAAAGCAUAGGUUUGUAAAGAGGCUAUGGCUGAGGUGAAAUCAGAGGAGUAUUGUUUGGAGAAUAAGCAAUCAACUGUUGCUUCUUGCUCCUCUGCGUCUGAAGGCAGUGGCAGUGGCAGUGUAGUUCAUAAGUCUCCAGGGAUAUGUAGCCCACCGUCGCCCUCACAUCGGAGGACAACCGGUCCUAUAAGGCGUGCCAAGGGUGGUUGGACAGCAGAGGAGGAUGAGACAUUAAGGAAUGCUGUUGCAGCUUUUAAUGGAAAGCAUUGGAAGAAAAUAGCCGAGUUUUUUCCUGAUAGAUCAGAAGUUCAAUGUCUGCACAGAUGGCAAAAGGUUCUCAAUCCAGAUCUAGUUAAAGGACCAUGGACGCAGGAGGAGGAUGAUAAAAUAGUUGAACUGGUAUCAAAAUACGGCCCUACAAAAUGGUCCUUGAUUGCCAAGUCUUUGCCUGGUCGAAUAGGGAAACAGUGUCGAGAGAGGUGGCACAAUCAUCUUAAUCCUGGAAUAAAGAAGGAUGCUUGGACUUUGGAAGAGGAACUAGCCUUGAUGAAUGCUCAUCAUAUACAUGGGAACAAAUGGGCUGAAAUAGCUAAGGUCCUUCCUGGAAGGACUGAUAAUGCAAUAAAGAACCAUUGGAAUAGUUCUUUGAAGAAGAAGUUGGACUUUUACUUAGCCACAGGAAAACUUCCACCAGUUCCUAAAAACAAUCCAAUAUAUGCUGCCAAAGAUACACUUAGACGUUCUACUACUAAAACACUACCUGUUUCAUCUAAUAUAGAAUUAAAUGUAGCUGUUGAAACAUCCUCUGAAACUACAGCCAUUAGUAAGCAUGAUGACAGUGGCAAGAAUCAGUUUGAGUCUUCAGGGACAGUUAGAGAAGUUGGUGACUCUUCAAGUGUCCCAGGAAAUGAAUCUGCUGAUUCUGACUGUGUAGAAUGCAAGCCUGGACCAUCCAAUGUUGAUCUUAACUGUGGAAACUCGGAACAUAUAUCAAGAGCUAAUUUUGGAACAACUUAUGGGCCAAAUAAUGAGAAUUCCGCACUCAAUGGAAACUUAAUAACUCGGCAUUGUUUAAGCAAUGGUAAAAUGAGCAAUAGUAGUAGCAGGUUAAUCAGGACAUCCGCUCAAGAAAAUCAGAAUUGCGGUUCUUUGUGUUACGAGCCACCAGUUUUAGCUGGUUCAGUUCCUUUAGAUUCUCUUCAUUUAAGUAUCCUCUGCAUGCAGAAUGAUUACAGUUCUAAGUUGCCAUCCAUGGGUUUCAUCACUCCACCUCGUGCGAGGGAUAGUGAAUUAUGUACGGAGACCCCUGAAUCAAUAUUGAGAAAGGCUGCUGAUACUUAUCCAAAUACUCCUUCCAUAUAUAGGCGGAGAAGAACCGGGGUCCAACUACUCACUUCUCCUAGUAAAGUUUUAAAAGUCAAUGUUGAUUCACAUGCUUCAAAUGAACCAGAUAGAACCAAGAAUACUUCUGGUUCUGAAGCUCGGGUGUUGUCCAAGAGUCCCGCAAGCCGUGACAAUAAUAGUGUUAUUCUUGAUAAUAAGGCAUUCAAUGCAUCUCCACCAUACAGGUUAAGAACCAAACGAACAGCAGUAGUCAAAUCUGUGGAGAAACAACUUGAGUUUGCGUUUGAUAAAGAGAAGAAUGAUGAUUGUCUGCAUGAAAGAAAAUUGGUAGUGACAUAGUGCACACAUUGGAUUAUGGCCGGACUUGCUGUUGAAGCUGGCUGAUUGUUUCUCUAAAUUGAUAGACAAAGUUCCCCACUUUUUGGCAAGUUAAUUCAGAUUGCAGAGUUAAAAUGACUCGAGAGUUGGCGCAUUUGUUUCCAUCACAUAUAUCAACAUAAUUCAACAACAGUAGGUGUCUACUAUGUGUAGAAUAAGGAUUGAUAAAUUCCAUUUACUUGUUUAUAGAUAUAUUAAUUAUUUCUGUACAGUUACAUGUUAGGAAAAAUAAAUCUUAAAUUUUGAUCAUUGUUUUAAGAUUACUUACUGAAUAAUUUACAGCCUUAAGCAGAUGAAUGUUAGUUUAGUGCAGAAAAUACUGUGAUAAUCAGCUAAAGGUAUUGCUUAUGAAAUUGUAGAAGUUUUUAACUUUUUGAGUUUUUAUGGUUUUUAUUUGAGGAUUUAUUAUUAUUUAUAGGAGAAUGAUUUUGGUCACAUGGGCCAGUUUCAACAAAUUAGGAUGAGGUUUAAGUGACAGCAAUGCUGAUUGUGUUGUGAAAUUAAAAUACUAAUAAAAAAAGUAAAAUAAAAUAAAAUUGUUGAGGAUGAGUACUUUUAUUAGCUUAUUGCUUAGUAAAAAUAACAUUGAAGUAGUUCUGUCUCUUUAAAAUAUCUCUAUUGUCACAAUCCAUUGUAGUGCAUUAUACGAGAGAGUUUCUUUGCAGACCCCCUUACGGGGAGAAUUCCGGCUGAAAACCUAAAAUUACUCCUGUUUCGGAGAUGCAUCUCCAAAGUCAUUUUUUUCUCUCGUUUUUCAAAAUUCGAAGAUGUAUUUUCGAAAACACCCAUUCCUCGAAAGAGCUGUUUCAGACUGUAACCUAAAUCAACAAUCUUCCUGAUUGCAAAAUCGAAUCCAAAUUACUCAUCAGUAACUCCUCCAGCUUAAUCGCCAUAGAA